UCCGGGCACUUUGUAGUAAAUUUUCUCGAUGUUGUGCAUCAAAACUUGUAAAAAACACAAUGUCUGUUACAAAAAUAUGAUAUAAACAUACAGUUUAAUUACAUGACAGUUUCUUUCUUCCAAUUUCUUUUGAAUUAUCAGUCAUAUUUUCUUUCAAUUUCGUAAAACGUCAACCAAAGAAAAACGUUUGGGUAAUCUCUUUCUCACUGAACUUUGCUCGGCUUAUUUUGAAAAUUUGAUUGCAUUUUUUUUUCACAAGUUAUUUGACAAGUAAGAAAGGCGUUUGUUACUGGUUUUAUCAGAGUCAGAUUACCUCGCUUCUUCUUUUACAAGAGACAAGAGGGUGAGGUAUGGACAGGGAGUCGGAUCGUGGUAGUAGUGAGGCAGGAAGUGGACGGGGCACGCCUCGGUCCCUUGACCAUGAGACAUUCAGAAGUGACACACCAGGAACAAUGCCUACUUACCAGUACUCCUUGGAUGAGCUGUACGAGUUAGAGAAAGCUCCUGCCUCACGCCUCGUUCCCGAUUGCUUAGAUAAAGAAUUUAUGGUGGAUGGUAUAUGGGACGCGGAGAAAUGGCACCGGUCAUUUGGAGGGGGCGGCACUGGGAGUAAGAGUGGUUCACGUGGACCGUCUCCUCUCAAUCCGCUAGAUCCCAGAGAAAGACGCAGUGAAAUGCUGCGCAGAAAUUCUGGUAGCUCUGCUAAUCCAAAAGACCGUCUGAAGGAAGAGAAAGACAUGAUUGUGUUAAGUCCACAGAGGAGAAGUUUCGGCACGGGAUGUCACGUGUCCCAGCAACCUCUGUUGCAACGUGCCAUCAGCAACAUGGAAACUGAUAGGGAGAGACGGGAGCAGCGAAGAAUAGGUAGUGGUCGUAUUCAGAUUGAUCGAGAGAGAGGUAGGGACCAAGAUUUCAGAUCUGAGAGAGAAUACAGGAACGAAAGAGGACAAGAAAGACCUGAACGGGACAGUAGGGACUUUAGUGAUAUUAGAAAACCAUCCUUGUGUGUAUUUCAGAGGGAUUUCAGAGACCAUGGAAGUAGAUACAAUAACAGACGUGACCGACGAGACUCACAUAGAGAAGAAGAACCGGAAUGGUUUAGUUCUGGACCGAUUAGUAAAAGUGACACGAUUGAACUGCACGGGUUUGAACGUGACCGCCGAGAUAGUGAUCGACAGAAGGAGGACAGAGGUAAUGAUGCACCCAAGGUCAAACAGAAAGAAAUACGAAAACAGCAAGUACAUCAACAUAUACAAGAACAUGUGGAGGUAUCUGAUGAGGACGAAAAGCGGGAUGAAGGUAUUAGUGUAGCCGACAGAAAUGGCAGUUUAGAGACCAAUGAGUCCAGUUCCCCGGAAACAAACACGUCAGACCUCGAGAUACGGCCCAAUAAAUCAAAUCCUGGGCACAUACCAUCAUUCGACUUUAAUGAGUUUUUCAACAUUGAUAACAUUCCUGGACUUUCAGCGCCUGAUGAAUCUGUAGCAGAUACUGACCCAGCAAAUAUUGGUGGGAGUAGAUUCUACCAGCUUUAUAGAACAUCAUUGGCUGGGAACCAGCAGGCUAAUGGUGGGAGUAAAGAGAACAGCCGGAGAUCUUCACUUAUGGAGGAUGAGUUUGGCUACUUAAAUGAUUUAUUGAAUGGUUCCAAGAGCCCUGUGAUACCCUCACCACCGCCUGGUUCAGCAGCCUUUGAACGUUCUACUUUCCUGACACCAUAUGCAUCCAGUGAUAAACAACAUCACCUCGAGUUUGGUACGGUUGGACAGAAGCUUGUGGCAAACAAUACUACAUUGGUUAAUGCACUCAUAAACAACGCUGCUGCCCUCAAUAGAUCAAGUCCUACUGGAAUGAAGAACUCUCCACAAGAGACUGAAGCUAAACUGAAGGCAUUGUUAUUUGGUCGUCUAGACUCUGCAUCUAGUAGUGGUAACACGACACCUGGCUUCAACUCCCCACUAAGUGCAACUGGAAAAGUUAAAACAGUGGCUGAGCUUGAGGGUGAGUUACAGACCAAUAAACCAGUACGAACACUUACCCCACCCACCCAUAUACACAGAGGAUCGCCAGCUGAUGGGAAUAGCGACCUGACGGCAUUCAACAAACUGAUCAGCUUGAUGCAGGCAGGAGCCGCUAGACCUGUAGAGUCUCCUAAACAACCUAUAAAGCCUGAACCUCGCCCACCAUCUCCAAUGUCAAGUUUACCCAGUCACAUCCAGCAAGCCCAGUUACAACAACAUAUGUUACAGAAUCAUCAAGCUGGUAUGCCAUCUCAGAUACAGGCCGGACACCAGCAACAUGGUUUACCACCGCAACUACAUGCUGGUCCCCCACAGCCACUUCAGGGUAGAGUUAUACAUAAACCAGAGCCAUUGCACCUACAAGGUCAUCCAGCACAGAACCAGAGAGCAAGUGUUGGUGAUAUUCCAUUUGAGAUGAUUGAUGGUUACCCUGGCAACAUGCACACACCCACAUCUGUAGCUCCACCCCAACAUAUGGGUCUUAGUGAUGCUACAGCAGCACAGAAACAAUUUAUGGAGGCUUUACAAAGAAACAAAGAACAACAAUUACAGAUUCGUCAAGCUGUUAUACAAAACAUGCGAAGUACUCACAACAGUCAGCCACCACUCCUUGCAUCACAGAUAGCCACAGGUCAACACUCCACACCCCAACAGGCUCCACCAAAUAAUAUUCAAGGGAGACGAUCAUCAUCUGGGGAUCCUGUGAUGAGCUUCUUGAAGGCAAAUCCUACCAUUAUAACUAAACCUGCAUCACCCACGCCACCACCCCAACAGCAACCGCAAAUACCCAUCAUGAACUUUGUCCAGCCAGGGACAUCACCCCGUGGACCAUCACCAUCACCGCUACAGUCGACUCUCCUGUCUCGUCAAGCCCAAGGCUCUCCAAGAGUACCUUCACCUAUCAUGUUUAGUCAACAACCCCCGAUGCAUUUGAGUGCUCCUUCACCUAUACAUCCUUCACAGGGAGGAAGUUCCCUGUCCCAGUCACCUGUAGGCCAGCCAGCCAAUACUAGUACUGUAAAUACAAUAAGACCUCCAUCAGUUCCUCGAGUACCCAGUCCACAAGAGUUAAUAGUUCAUACACAAGCCAUUUUACAAAAUGCCCUCAUAAAGAAACAGCUUGAAGAUCAAAAAGAAAGAUUUUAUAAGAAACAGCAAGAGAGAGUAAAGUCUCCUGCAAUGGUAGGGGGGAAGAUCAUGCCAGAUAACAUGCAGGGUCCAACAAGAACAUCGCCAGCACCUGUCACCUCUACACCUGUUGCUGCAAAGAGUGCUGUGAAUGUAGCAUUUACACCAACGUCUGUAAUUCGUAAGAUGCAUUCGGAGAAAGCUAGUGAGAAGGAAAAAUUGAGGAGAGAUAGUGCAGAUCUAGUUGAAGGUUCAGAACGUGACAAUCAGGUAGAGCAUAUUUCAGAAAUGGACAAUAAAGCACAGGACCAACAAGUCUCUCCACUACGGCUAGACCAUUCACUACAGCACAACUCUUCGGCUACAUCCGUCAGCAUACCCCCACCCGCUGUGAUCCACGCAGUACCGCCACCACCACUACCUAAUCAGGUCCUACCUAACAUGGUCGCGGUGUUACCCGGCCUGCCACCGUUUAAUACUAACCAGUUGACGCACCUACCCCCUCCCCCGCCCCUCGUCUCUACACACCUACCACCACCGUUACUGAGCCCAGGGGCGUUGCCACCACCGCCUCAUCCACAGUCUACAGCCCUGGUCACUCAGGAGCAGAUCGACGCAGUGAAGUCUCAGCAUAUCCGCGCUCUGAUUGGUCAGCAGAAUGUGAACACGUCUCUCUGUGCUAGUCUAGCUGCCGUCUCGACAGCUUUACCUACAACCGGAAGACCAAUUGUUAAAGGCAAUGUAUCCGUGGCACCGCCCAUGGUCACGCCCAACUCUAAAGACAUGGGUCAGAGACCUAUAAUGGGAGGCAAUACUCCAGUUGUUUCAGCAGUGGACAUGGCUAAACUUCUGCAGAGACAAAAUAUAAGGGGUCAGACUUCCACCCCCUAUGCCAUUCCAAUUCCUGGUGGUAGAAUGCCAAUACCCACAAGCCCUGUAGUUGGCCCUCAGCCACCAGGUCAGGGAACCAGUCCUGUUUACAUUCAUCAAAUGGUACCUGGCACUAGUCCAAGAGGUUACAAUGUCAAUCAGUAUCCACAAUUGACGAGUCUUCAAGCUCAACAGCGUAUGAUAGAUCCUCGCACAGCCCGUUGCCCACUAGUCCAAACAUCGUUACCGGGUCAAGGCUUUAACCCACGUACAUUUAACCCUCAAAUGGGCCAACAUAAAAAUGGCCCUAUUUCACCUGGUAUUCCAGUUUCCAUGGUAACAGUUACAAACAGCGGUAACAAGCAGGAUCUUAUGAAGUGGUUCGGCACAGACAUGUUAAAAACUCAAUUACCCACAAUGCCGCCACUUCCUGUACAAGGUCACGCUCAUCGAGUACUUACUCUGGACGAGCUAGAGCGUACUUAAGGGGAGACUAUUCUAAUGACACUUUAAUGUGCAGGUUUCAGAAGACGUUCAUCGACAAUGUAAACUGUGUAUAUAUUUGGAACAGUUAUUUCGUUGUUACCCAAAAUAUAUAAUCACACAUGACUGGAUAUAAAAAAAUACAUGAAUAUGUGUUUGGGUUGUUGUCCUGGACAACUAUAAAACUUACAAGAUAGAAUUAUAGAGGCGCUACAAAAUCACAUUUUACAAACUUUAGAGAAUAGGGCAGGCAUUAAGAGGGAUGUUUGUAAAUAUUAAAAUUUCUGCAAAUCUCGUCAAAAAAUAAUACAUUAUGCUGACACGUUCUGAAAAAAACAUCAGUUUAUCUUCCCUCAACUAGAGUAAUGCAGUGCAGAUACAUCAUAUAUUCAGUCAUUGGAAAACAGGUAGAGCACUAAUGAAAUUAUGAUCAGACACUGAGAUUCCUACUUGCUUUGUUAUACAAAGUUUUUGGAGUUUUUAAUCGUUUAAAUAUCAAAAAGUUUGCUGGCCCAAAAUGCCAUGUAAGCUUCAUUUCAUGAACAAAUUGGGGGGAAAAAGGAAAGAAGAUCUUAUAACUGGAGGAAAAAGUGAAUGAUAAGAUACGUUUUAGAAUUAGAAAUGGGAAUGAAAAAGAUCUUCCUGUGAUGUUUGUGGCAUUGAUCUUUUUGAGACGAAAGGUGUAAUUUAAGAUAGGCUUUAAGUUACCCUAAAUUAGGCCAGUAGUAUAGGUAAAGGUGUUAAACUUCUAGGUUUUAUAUGCAGCUUGGGACAAAUUCUGAUAUCCUUGCAACAAUGUAAUGAAUAAGAUAGAAGGGAUGUAUAUAAGGGCUUCUGUUACAAGAAUAUAUGGAAGAGAAUGAUCAUAAGGUUCAAGCUAAGCAUAGAAAGAUAAUGUUGUCCUAAGUAUCAAAUUGCAAUUUUAAACCUUUUUAUUUUUAUUCAUCCAAUAAAAAAAUUAUAAUAAAAAAGAAACGAAGUGAUUUUUACCCAAAAUUUAUGCAGACUUUUUAUGAUUUUAUUGGUAAAAAGGGAAAAAAAGUGGAAACAAAAAAAAAGAAAAAAGAUUUCAAUGUAAAAAGUUUUAGAGUGUAUGAUUGGUCAUGAGGAAUUUCAACAUCAAAAGUUGAAGUGAUAAAAUAAAAAUAAAGGAUGGUCUACUAAUACGAGUCUGCAAGAGGUCAGGUUUAUCUUACAUAUAUAAUGAUACUGAUAGCUAGCAGGUAGUCGUUGACCAGGAACACGAUUUAUAAUUAUAAAAAUUAGCCAAUCAAAUGACAUGUUACAAAAUAGUUACCCAAUCAAACGACAUAUAACCAAAACUUGGCAUUUACAUGAUACCGACCUUGACAUGUAGUAUAGAAAUAUGUUAAAGGCAAUUUUUUUGCCUCACACAUUUAGUGUAGCAUCAUCAUAAAGUAUGAUGAAGUCUGAGAAAAACAGAUUAGUGCCAGUUUUAUUAGGCAGACAUUAUAAAUCUGUAUUUGAACAGACUAAAAUAGAAAAAGAAAUUGUUCUUUCAAACAUGCUUAUAACUUAGUAAUCCUUUAAUACAACAGACAAGAAAUUACUUGUGUUUAAAGACCUGUUUAUUAUUAAUAUAUCUGAUGAAUAAAUUUAUUUAAAGAAAUACAUUACCCUGAUUGUGUGGCAUUUGUUAAUGUCAGUUUUUCAAAAAUUAAAUACAUUGAGGAUAUAUUAAAGUUCUGACAGGAGAGAAAUGAGCCUCGUCACGACAAAGCCAACAGAGUGCGUUUGCGACCAGCAUGGAUACAGACUUGCCUGCGCAGUCUGAUCAGGAUCCAUGCUGUUCGCUUACCAACCCUAUUACAAGUAGCAAAACUGAUAGUGAACAGCAUGGAUCCUGAUCAGACUGCGCGGAUGCGCAGGCUGGUCUGGAUCCCUGCUGGUCGCAAACGCAUUACAUUGGUUUUGUCAUGGUGUGGCUCAAAAAGACGUGAAAUAGUUGACAGCUCAUAGCUGUGGACCAAAAAUUAGAUUAUAUGUACAUACUGUAAAUAGUGUAAAUACGGUAAAAUAUAGUGCUGUAAUGUAAAUAUAUAUGGUACAAAAAAUACUUUGUUGUAGACCAUUUUUCUUCAGUGUUUAAUUUAAACUUUAGAAAUUAAUGUAUAUAUUUUAAUGCUGAUUUUCAUGCACUGUUGACUUAUAUUAUGAAUGUUUUAUGCUCUCUUUUUUUUUGUGUGUGUGUGUGUAAAUAUAUGUACUUAUGUAGUGGCCCUGUUUGUGUGUUUCAUUUAUUGUAUGCAACUGACUUUUGUUUUGUGAGUAAAUAGAGGAAUAAGAAAUUGAUAACAGAGGGAGAAAAAAAAAUCCCAUGAGUUUGUUUUAUGUACCUGUGACUGCCCUGUAGUUUCCUAGUAAAUAAUGGAAAAAAAAAAUGGGGGGGGGGGGUGUAUUAUAUAGUCCCGUUUUACAAAUAGAAUGACAGAUAUAAAAAAAAAUUGUUCGCUAUAUUUUCAUGUGAAUUGAUGAAAAAUCAGGGUUUUUAUGCCAUGCCAGUGUGAUCUAUACAGUGAGUGAUAUGAAUUUUAUCUCACUGGUGGUAAAAUCCUGAAUUUCAUUCUUAAACAUAAAGAAAAUGGAUUAAUAAAGAAAUCAGUGAGUUGUUAACAUAGGUUAUAAUAUUACGGGAUAAGCUAUAUUGAAAUUAAAAAAAAAAAAUUAUUUUACUUUUCAUUUUGUCUCUCAAUUUUUUGGGAGUCUCUAUCUUGAAAUUUUAAAGGGUUUUGAUUUUAUUUCAUUAUGUUGCCCAUUUUUCUUUAAUUAAGUUUUUUUUGUUUUUUUUCAUUGUGUCUUGGCAUAUCAGUGUAAAUAAUGGUAUUCAUAUUGUUGUAAAUAUGUAGUUGUUUUUUUUCUCCGCCACUUUUAAUAGUGUUUUUAUUCUAUUAAUAGACAUGUUAUAUUAUUUUUCUUUUCUAUGCUUAACUGAUUUAUCGUAAAGUUGUGUGAAUUUGGAUGGGUAAAUGUGUUUUUAAACAUGUCAUAUUUGGUUGAUUAUAGAACAGUUCUGAUCUCCCAUGACCCUGCCUGUCCCUACCCACAUUCUUCCAUUCAUUUUUGUGAUUUUUUUUUAGUGAUCUAAUUUACAUGUAUUUUGUAUUAUUCUUCCAACAUUUCAUACCUUUCAAAACUUAGUUUGGUGCAAUAUUGAAAAAAAAAUUAUUACAUAUUUUCUUUUUAUAAUUUGUUUGCAUGAACGUAUUUUUUUUCGUGCUUUCCUUUCGUGAAGAAUUGGUCAGAAACUUGGAUUUAAUAUAUACAAUAUGGGUUGUGUCUAAGGAACUGGAGGAUACUGAUUGUGCAGCUAUAUAAAGAUUGGUUUGUCACCUGUAG